AGCACACUUCGAGGAAGCUGGUCACAUUCUAGCUGUCUCCGUUUCAGCAAGUAUGUGGGUACCCAGCCUGCCGGUGACUAUAGCCAGCGCUGUGUGCGCCAGCGCCGGUAUCGCAUGCUUAUUUAAAGACUAUUACGGCGGAAGUCCGUACGACAGAUCAGUCACGGCUGAUGGAAAGACGGUGAUCAUUACUGGCGCUAAUACGGGUAUCGGCAGGGAGGCAGCUUGGGAGUUCGCCAAAAGGGGAGCCAAGGUGUUCAUGGCAUGCCGUGAUAUGGAGAAAUGUGAGACCAGUCGCCGCGACAUCGUGAUGGAGACUAGGAAUAAAUAUGUGUACUGCAGACCAUGUGACCUCGCGAGCACAGAGUCCAUUAGAAACUUUGUACAGACGUUCAAAUCAGAGGAGCCACACCUGCAUGUACUGGUGAACAACGCGGGCGUGAUGGAGCCGCCUAGGGGUGUCACCAAAGACGGGUUCGAGAUUCAGCUGGGCGUCAAUCACUUGGGACAUUUCCUGCUCACCAACUUAUUACUCGACACACUCGAGGCAUCGUCUCCGAGUCGCGUGGUGGUGGUGUCAGGUAACGCGCACACUAAAGGCCACAUCCACAAGUCGGACCUCAACAUGACCAAUGACUACAAACCAAACGCUGCGUACGCGCAGAGCAAGCUCGCCAACAUGCUCUUCGCUAGAGAACUUGCGAGACGCACGCUAGAGAAAAACAUAGCCGUAAUCGCCGUGGACCCAGGGUUCUCGGACACGAAUCUGACGCGCCACAUGCCCAUGUCCAAAUCCAUGACGCGGUACUUCGUGUAUCCGUUCUUCUGGCCGGUGAUGAAGUCGGCCAGGAUCGCGUCACAGGUGAUAGUGCACGCGGCACUAGACCCCCAGCUGGAGAAGUGCACUGGAGACUACUAUGUGGGUAUGAAUAAAACUGAUCCGUCCCAAGAAGCACAGGACUUCGAGCUGGCGUACUGGCUGUGGAAAGUGAGCGAGAAAUGGACUAAACUCCACGAACACAAGGCGGAAAUAGCUAGAGCACUCGCUGCGUAAACAAACACAGAGGGCGCUAUUGAACGCGACAAUAGCGCUAAACGGGUACAAUGGCACCAAAAAAAUAAUUUAGGAUGAUGUUCCAACUGCAUUUUGUUAAAUUCGAGGAAGCUAAUCAAGUACAGGGCUGGAAAUAAGACUUUGAUGACCAAAAAGUGAAAUGAAAAGUUAGAAACAUGAAUAAUAACUAGCUUUUUUCUACAAUUAAUGAGGAUUAUUUCUAUUCUUAUUUUGCCUGCGAAUUAUAAUUCAUCCUUGUUAUUUUCAUGUUGACAGAAAUGUGACGAUUUUGUAAGUUAAAAUUUAGCCUUAAUGUAGCUCCUAGUUGUUAGUUGAGAUUGUAAUGCAUUUAUAUUGCCUCAGAUUGCAAUAAACGUAUGAU